AUGCGCGCCUCAUUUCCGAGAAUCCAGCACAUUCUCGUGGUUGGGAUAGCUGGUGGGGUGCCCUGCUACGGCCAAGACGAGGACCAGAUUGUACUGGGAGACGUCGUCGUCAGCGUCUCUCGGGGGAAGGAAGGAGGAAUAACAUAUUACCAGUUCGGUGCCUAUGUACCGGGAAAGAAGUUCUCUCCUAGCGGGCAUACCCUUCAUCCAUCUGAUUCCCUACUCUCCGCCGUACAAAACCUCCGGUCAAAAUAUAUGUGGAAGGGUGGAACUAGGAUCCCAGAAAUUCUCCGUGGUCUGCGAGAACUCCCAUCUGAAGAGGAGCAGCUAGAGUACGAGGACCCCGGGAGCGACCAUGAUUACCUAUUUCCGGGUAGCUACCCCCAUGAGGAUGAAACAAAACUGUGCAAACAUAUUUGCGAUUCAUCGAAGGCACAAACCCGGAAGGAUCGAGGCUCCAAAGCUAUGCGACGAACAGAUUACCCUCGUAUCCAUUACGGCAACAUCGCCUCGGCUAAUGCACUGAUGGUGUCAAGCGAGAUUCGGGAUGAACUUCAUAGACAAUAUGAAGUUAUUGGCUUUGAGAUGGAAUCCGCUGGAAUAGCACAAAACUGUCAGGCUUUGGUGAUCCGGGGCAUCUGUGAUUACGCCGAUUCGCACAAGAACAGGAAAUGGCAAAAAUACGCUGCAGCCACGGCGGUGGCGUACGCAAAGGAACUCCUGUUGACUCUUCCAGCAGAGAAGGGUGAGGAAGAUAUGACGGCACCUUCAGUCACUGUUGGACAAAGCUCCUCGUGCAGUUUGGAAGUCGAACGCGCUAGAGAAUACUUCGACCGCAAGGACUUCCUAAACGCCUACUACGCCUAUAAACAAGCGCUCUCGAACCUGCAAAAGCCUGGCGCCUCGACAAGCAGGCAGGAGCUCUUCCAGAUCCACAACCGGAUGGUAGUAUGUCUGUUGACCCUCUCGUCUGACGGCAAGGGCUUCAAUAUACAGGAGAACCUCGAAGAAGCGCAGAAACUAAGCCUCAGGAGUGAGGUGUACGCCCUCGACCGAGACUGCAAGGCCUGGGUGUUAGUCAUGCAGUGGUGUAUCGCGUUCCGCAAAGCUAGGGAGGACAGUAGUCCCAGGGGACGGAUCGACCCCGCAACUAUGGCGGAGUUCGCGGACUCGUUGGAGAAGGUGAAAAGCAAAGUGAUUUGUUUGCCGGAUGACGGGUACCCUGUGGACGAACAGAUUGAGUCUAUAGAGGACCUGAGGAAGAACAUGUUAGGUAUCCACUAA